AAUGCAUAUAGAGUUUAUAAUAUAUAUGUAUUAUUGAAGCUAAGUUAUAACGUCGAAAUGAUCAUAGAGAGAGACUAUACACACAAGUCACAACUUGAGAUAUAUUUAACCUUUCUCAUGGUUUUAUUCUUUUGAGUAAUUGAUUAUUAGUGAUCGAGAGAAGCUAGCUAGAGAAACCACCCUCGCGGAGAGAAAUGACCGGGACAUCUUCGCCGGAGAUAUGCUCCACGUGGCUUGACUUAAACAGAGAAGAGACGGUGGAGAAGAACAUUAAUGAAGAAGAGUCAUCAGUUGAAGACGAAGACCAACAAGCGACGAGUAGUAAUAACGUGAGACAGUAUGUUCGAUCCAACAUGCCUCGGCUUCGUUGGACGCCUGAUCUUCAUCUUUCCUUCGUCCGUGCAGUCCAACGACUAGGCGGUCCACACAGAGCGACACCGAAACUGGUUCUUCAGAUGAUGAAUAUGAAAGGAUUGAGUAUUGCACAUGUCAAGAGUCACUUGCAGAUGUAUCGGAGUAAAAAGCUCGAGGCAUCGUCUUUCCAUGAGGUUGGAGCUAUGAUGGGUGGACAAAGAAGCUAUCUGUUAAACAUGAUCGAUUUCCCUUAUGGAGAUUUAAGACAUGUCUACAACUCUAAAACAGUUCCUUCAAGGGUGCACGAUCAAGGCUCAGUCUUUACAAAUCUUGGAGGUAACUAUGUUAUGCGACCUUCGAGCUGGUGUAACGGGUUAAGUGGAAAUGAAUGGCAUGGAGGACUUGACCGAGACAUCAUCGAGAGCAAGACACUGCCUCUGCUCGAGAUUAAGAGGACGACCCAUGAGAAAAGAGUCAGAGAAGAACAGGCGAGAGAAGUAUCAUCAUUCAAACGAUCAAAACUAGUGCCCGGAGGUGAAAAUCAGUUGCCUGAGUUUGGAAAUUGGAGGCAAAAACCAACAGAUGGUAUCAACACGAUGCUCUCGCUCUCUCUGUUCCCGACAUCAUCAGGAGAACGCAGCUCAUCAUCUGACGUAGUAGAGACAUAAAGGUUAAAACUUUAAAGGGAUUCAAAGGUAGAGCCAUUUCUUGGGAUGAGUACUUAGUCAGGAUCUGGGUCAGAGGCUUGAUUCAGAUCCUGUAAGUACUUUUCUUUCGGGUAGAUUCUUGAGUUUGUAUUCGAUAUAACACAAAUUGUGGAAUGCAAACAAAAACACAUGUAAUAAUAAUAAUGUUUCCUCUUCAAAACCACCAAACCAAACUACAUGAGAAGCAGAAAGCCUAAAAAUGUAUCAGAACCAUGAGGAUAAAGAAAAAAUCAUAAUCAGUACCAAAAAUCACUCAAGCAGAGAGAAGAGAAUGUACUUAGUUAUACAGACACUUAUCGAUCCAUCUUCUUUCCUUGGAUCACUUAUCUAAGAAACACUCUUCCUCCUCUUUAGUCUUCGUUUUCAAUCUGCCACCAAAUUCAUCAAUCUCAUUCUUUAGCCUUUUCGACUUUAACCCAUUCUUGCUCUUCUUCUUAUCUCCAGAACCGUUGAGAUCACCAGCAACCUCAUCUUCAACACUCAUUCCGAUUUCAUCCUCUCCAAGCGUCUCAGAUACAUUACUAUCCAUAUACCUAACCUCAUGAAUCCUUCCUUUCUUCUUCACCGAGACAACACUCUCACUAUCAUCAACAUCACUCUUAACCAAUUCUCCACCACUCUUGGCUUCUUUAACACCAAAAGGAUCGAUUUUUAGCUUCAAAUCAGGCACUGUCUGAUAUAUCGGCAGAGCCAAACUCUCGGAUAGCUUCAAAUGCAACGAUCUAACGUAUUUCCACUUACCAUGCAGAACAUCAACAACUCCGUUCAGAGUCGCCAUCACAUUCUCUGAGAUUUCAACGCUUUCCAUCGACAAUUUCCCAACUUUGAUGACGCUGCAAGUCCCUGUCCUCAUGAAGAACAGAGCAGCUCCACAAGCUCUCUCGACCUGCUCUUUCCAGUUUCUAUGCUUCAAAUCGAUCGCCACAGGAAUCUUCUUGCUCGCGAAGAAUUUCUUCCCAAUCAAUCUCGGCAACAGAGGAAUCACCCUCCGGUCGGAGAAAAACCUGUCGUACGAAUCGCAGAGCUUCCGUUUCGCUUCGAAUGGUCGAUAAUCCGUUUUCAGCUUUGAGAGCUUGAGAACCUUAGUGAUGGGUAUGUUCUCGGAUUUGAUCUUCUUCAUCGCGCCGUCCUUGGUGAGGCCACUUUUCUGUCUGUCGUCGAUGAUGAGACAGAGCUCCGGCGAAUCUUCGGCGGUGUUGAUAAGCGGAUGCGGGAGACCGAUACGGUGAGCAUUCGUACGGCUCGUCUGCGGAAUCUUCUUGAGGGUUACGAUUAGGUAAACGAACUCGUCCUGCUCUAGAAGCUGCGGCUUCUCCGUCUUUGAUUUUUCGUUUCUCCAGUUGAGCAAGGCCUUAAUUGCAUCUUCCACCGUCUUUGGACUCACUCUUGACGUCUGAAACUGAGUGGCUAAUGUCUCCGGUGCCGGCGGUGACGGCCGAGAUACGGUGGUCAUCGGAUAGGUCGGGAGAUUAGAAAGUUAGUGCUCAGUGAAGAAGAAGAUUCAGGGUUCUAGGGAGACG